CACGCAGUCACGAGCAUUGGAUAUCAGUCGAUGAGGUCUUACGUCUACACACACCACACACGACACACACUACACACACCACACGCACUACCGCCGACAGACGAAUCCGCCAAUGAGUUGGGGCUGUCUGUCUACGAGGGCCAUAUGAUGACCACAAUAUCCUCACUGUGUUGGCCGUCGCCUCCCGCGGCCUCCAUGACCCUGCUGCCGGUCACACGCUUGAGCCUGAAGCCCUUGACGCCGAGGGCCUUGGCUAUCAAAUGGAAAUUCAACGCCGCCUGACAGACACAGCGGCAUGAGCCAGCCUGCAUGUCUGCGUGUCUGUGAGACUCACUGUGGCGUAUUUGUGUUUCUUGUCUUCGUUGUCCGUGAGGUAGUUCUCGUCCUUCUUGAUUCGCUUCUCGGUCGUGGCCAGUUGGGCAUCGAGCUGCUGCGCCUGCUCGGCCAGGCUGGCCUUCUCGGACUGAGAGAGCGCACCCUGACGGACACACACAGGCACACACAAAGGGCCGGGAAGUGCACCCAGACAGAGACACACACGCUCACGCACGCACCUGUCGGUAGAUGGCUACUGAUCUCAUGUUGUCCAUAUCCUUGUCUGUCAUGAAUAUGCGGUGCGUCGUGUGGGUGACGUCAGACACAUACGCGAGCUCAUACACCUGGCCGGCUCGGGCGGCUCCGACCAGACUACUGCAGCAACACACAAGCAGAGAUGCCUUGUCUGUGUCUCCCUCUCUCUCAUUCUCUCUCUGUGUCUCUCUGUGUGUGCCCACGUGCCUUAGCUUGACUGCAUCCUGCGGCCACACCAUCAUCACAACGUCGCUGUGGCCCUGCUGGCUCGCGUUGAUAAGGCCGACUCGUCGACACCCCUCUUUUUGAAGCCGCUGCUGCUGAGGGCCUUGGCGAUCGCAUGGAAGCUCAACACAGCCUGCCCACACACACACAGAAACCAAAACAUACAUAGGAGAGAUGUGUGCAGACAGGAAAUGUGAGACACGUGUUGGGUACCGAGGCGUAUUUGCGUUUGUCAGUUUCGUUGUCAUCGAGGUAUCUUGGGUCCGCCUUGAUGCGCUUCUCGGUCUUGGCCAGCUUGGCAUCGAGCCUCUGCGCCUGCUCGGCCAACACGGCCUUGUCCGACUGGGACAGCGGUCUACCCUGAGCGACAAACACAAGGGACCGACAUGUGCACACACACACACACACACACAUCCACCCUUCGUUCUUCCUUGCUGUGCGCACGUGUAUGUCGACAGCCACUGAUGUGAGCUCUUUCAUGUCCGUCGCGUCGAUGAGUGUGCGGUGGGUCUUGUGUGUGAUGUCAGACACAUACGACACCUCAUACACCUGGCCGGCAGCGGCAAGACGACGCAUCGCCUCCACACCCAGACUGAACACACCCACCCACACACAGCAACACAGCAGAGGACAUGAGGUAUCAAACGUCUUUGUGUGCGUUCCAUCCAUCCAUCCAUCCAUCUCGCCUGUAUGCGAUGUCCGCCCCAUCCGAGAAAGCGCUCUGCCGCUCUGGUUCUGGCUCUGGCUCUUGGUCGGGCUCCUCCUGCACACUUGAAGAGGGGCUGGCCUUUUGGGGCUUGGCCGCGGGGUGAGGCUGCCCCCCUGUCGCUUGCUUUGGUUGUGUCUUCUCGUUCUUCUUGCCACUGGUCUGCGUGGUCUGUGUGUGCUGUGGUGCUCUGGGCGGCUGCUUGGGAGGGGCAGGGGGAGGGGGCAUCUGUGGCAUCUGUGGCAUCUGUGGCAUGGGUGGCACCGGUGCGAUUUGCUGCUGCAUCCAUGUCUUCUGCUGCUGGCUUCUGUGGCUGCUCGGCUGGUACACGGGUGGAGCAGGGUGGGGGUGAUGGUGAUGCACUGGGGCAGAGGGAGCCGAAUGGUGAACCCUGCACACACCACCACACACAGCAGGCAGAGACAAAUGAAUCGAUACACUGCAAUGCAUCCUGUGCAUUUCUCUUCUCCCUACACAACAGUCACACGCGACAGCUCAUCGAGCGCAGUCCCCACAGUCGCGACGAGCACCGUAGCCAUGCCGCAGCAAACGAAGAACACAGCCGCCAGGGCGGCCAAAAACACUGCACACCACACGCCACAGACAACACGCAAAGACGAACAGUCGCCACGGAUUCUGAUUUCUGUCCGGUGCUUUCCGUCCGUACCAUAAAAGCCGUCAGAUUCGUCAACCUGUUUGUUGCUCUUGCGGCUGCGUCGAGGACUGGUCUCUCCUCUCGCAUCCGUGCACACAGGGGCGGAGGGAGGGAGGUCCUCGCGGGGCGGCAGGGGGACCGGCCGCUCCAUCCGAUACGGUGCAAAGGGUGGGAUGGGAGGAAUGGGGGGAAUUGGUGGGAGGGGUGGGGUCGGCUGCAUCGGUGGUGUCAUCGGUGGCGUCAUCGGGGGCGUCAUGUUCUUGCGUCGGCGGCUGCUCUGCCGGCGCACACAGACGGGAGUGAUGGUGGUAGAUCUCUUCGUUGACCGCCCGCCACAGCCCAUCCCCUUCUGCCCCUCCCAUGAGCCCUUCAGCACCGUCCCACGACUACCGGGCUGGAUUUCGUUCAUCACACCCUGGAUGUCCUUCAUCACACCAAUACUCCUGGGGGGAGCGGCACUGCGAGCAUCAUGAUGCGAUGCAUCCUUCUCAUGACGUCGCCCAGCGGCCACACGAGAGAUCUCCUUCAUGGCGUCCGAACGGCUGGGCGGGCUGGGUGGAUCAUUGCGAGCGGCGCAGAUGCUGCGCAGAACGGCGCCUCUGGUGGGUGCGGGAACGUCAUCGUCAUCGUCAUCUUCGUCGAUGUCGAAACGUGGGUAGGCGGUCUUGCCGCAGGGCGGGGAAGACUUCUCGUCAUAGAACAU